AUGAUUGCCGGUGAGAAACCCAUCGAUCUGGAGUGCGCAGACAAAGAUAGCGCAUCUUCGCCAGAGGACUUCGCAUUGGUAGUGUUGUGGAAUAUGGGUAGCUCGGGUGUGCUGACUGGUUGUUUGUCUGUUCGCCGAGCUUGGCAGUUGGAUUACAAACGUUUCAUCACCAGUCGAGCUGAAAGUGCUAAAUACAAUCAGAUAAAAUUUGCAAUGGUACGGGAAUGGAGCAUCAUUGGCAACACCGAUGUAAUUGCUUUUGGUAAUGAGGACGAGGGUGGAAAAUUGCCUCGCUUUGCGGUUUCCACCAGUCGUGUAAAACCCAUGAAUUCAACCAUCAGUUAUUAUGGACUCUUAGAAUCUCAGACCAGUGGUGCCUAUGCCAGAAGCACCAGCUCCUACACGCUCAACCGGUCAGUUACCAUUGCCAACCACGACUGGGCACCAAACACCGGCUGUACACCUUCAACGAAAUGGUCAGGCGGCAACCGCUUGAUAGACAAUGAGUCCAGUAUGGUGAAGGAACGAUCAAAUUACUACUGCAGACUGGCGACGGACACGAUAGAGGCACAUCCGGUUCCAUCCUAG